UUGACAGGAAUUGCCUCAGAAACUGUGAAAGCUGCCUGUAGAGCUGGGAGUGGAUAUAGUGGGUUAAACCUUAUAUGCUGAAUGAGAGGGUGUGAGAGUGUGGACCACAGCUACAUCACACACCCUCACUUUCAGAGAGACAGAACGAGAGAAAGAGCUGUAGUGUAACAGCACUACUGGAGGGCGCGCAACCUCACACUUCUGCCUAUUAAGCGAAACAGCCAGACUCUAAAGCUUACGAAGAGAAGCCUCGAGAGUUAGUGUGUGAUUUGUCGAGGUGGAUGAUGAUGAUGUGUGCGUGUAGAACCACAUGCUGAAGUGGGCGCUUCCAACCCAAACUAGUGCCAGCUGCAUCUCUGAGGGACUUUGGCUCUGUGUGCAAGUGUAAGAGUGGGUGCGCAGGAGCAACUUUAAACCUUCACUUUGUUUCAGAAUGGAUCAGCCGGCCAGCAGCUGCAUGCGGAGCUCCCAUCCCGCCAGCUCUUUGUGGGGGUGUGUGAGAGGCCCUCACCCAGUUACAACCACUGGAGUCGGGCCCUACCAGCAGACACCCUUCUCUCUGCACCAGAAGCCCGACUUCCUGGCCUACACAGACUUCUCAGGCUCGUGCUUGGUGCCAGCGCCGCACACGUACCCGCGUGAAGACAGGCUGUACCCAGAGCCCCACAGUGCUGCCUACCAGCGGACAGAGUGGCAGUUUGGCUCGUGCGAGCCGAGAGCCAGGGGUCAGGAGCCAUGCCAAGCGGCAGUGGGUGGAGGAGCGGACAUGGACAGUGCGGGAGUGGACAGACUGCCCGGGACAGUGACAGUCGCGCUGGAUGGGGAAUACUCCCCUCAGAGUAUAGCCACAGCCGAGACAGAGAAAAAGAGCUGCAAGAGGAAACGAGAACUCACAGAUAUUCAGGAAUCUGGCUUUAAGGCUGAUUCAAACUGCAAGGCCAGAAAGGAGCGGACAGCCUUCACUAAGGAGCAGCUGAGGGAGCUGGAGGCAGAGUUUACACAUCACAACUACCUGACCCGCCUGCGUCGCUAUGAGAUUGCUGUAAACCUGGACCUCACUGAGAGACAGGUGAAGGUGUGGUUUCAAAACAGACGCAUGAAAUGGAAGAGGGUGAAAGGUGGUCAGCCUGCUUCCCCCCACGACCUAGAAGCAGAUGAGUUGGAUUCUGCAGCUUCACCCAGUUCAGAGUAAAUGAGUCUGACCUCCACCUCCAUGUACAGAGACACUGACAGACACAUCACUGUGCAUCCUGGGAUAUCUGCUACCUUGAAGCCACAAACAACAGCAUACAAUUAACAUAAUGGCAAGCUUUUAACACACGUUCAAACAAAUUUUGUUUUAUGGACACUUUUGGACACUUUCUCAACCGAAAUUGGCAAAUUACCCAGCAAAUGAUGUCAAAACCUGCAUUGCUUUUAAUGCAUUUUUUAUUUUAUUUUAUUUUGUUCUUAAUUUUUUAGAGACACAAAAUUGCUCAAGUCCUGGUAUUAUAUUCAGUCAAUAGUUUUGACCUUCAGUGACGACACUAUGAUGUAGGUCUGCUGCCAGACUGACUUCAUACUGCAGUGGUGGGUUCAGAAGCUUGAUCAGAACCAUCUGUUGUAGCUCCACAAAAUAAGACCUACUCAGGAUCUCUCAUCUGGUGCCAGAACACCAGAGACUCAAUGUCACAUGUCUUUGUUUUCACUCUAGGUUGUGCUGUCAAGUUGUUCUUAGAAUAUAUAUUUUUUUCUAACAAACAAUUGUUUUCAAUUUUUAUACCUCUUUUUUUACAUUGACUGAAAAUGAUGAGACACAGAUGUUGCAUACUGAAACCAUAUAAAAAUGAAUAAAUCGCUGAAAAAAUGG